AUGAUGCAUUACAAACGCGUUUCUUUUUAUGAAUCUGCCUUGAUUGGUGUGAAUGCGGUGGGUAUAGGGGAACUUUACCUCCAGUACCGACAAUGGAGGUCGUACUUCUCCAAUGAAAUGCCACCAGCACUCAGUGGCAAGUUGAAGGAAGAGGAAUUUCGUAAUAUCCAGGCUUACGGAAGGGACAAGAGGGUAUUCGCUAUUUGCAGAGACAUAAAGGACAUCCUCUUCAGUAACGUGAGCAUUCUGACGAAACUACCAUCACGAGUGUACAAAUGGAUUGCGCGGUGCACCCCAGUAGAAGUGGGCUCUUUUGCACAUUGCUGUGCCUAUUCUAUUGUGGUAGACGUUGUUUCAACGUUGAUAAGCCUUCCCUUUGAUUAUUACCACCAGUUUGUUGUUGAAGAGAAGCAUGGGUUCAAUAAGAUGACCCGCAAAGAGUUUUUAAUGGAUGAAGUGAAGAUGAUUUGCCUUCGCGUCUUCUUGAUGCACCCCAUCUUGACGGGUCUGAUUCUUCAGGUGGUGCAGCGGUUUGGCAAGCGUUUCCCAUUGUACUUGUUUUUGGGGUCAACAGCGAUCGCAUUUUCCUUUACAUUCAUAUAUCCUACUCUGAUACAACCCCUCUUCAAUACGUACACCGCAAUUCCAGAAGAUUCCACUUUGUACGGUAAGAUUCUUAGUCUUGCAAAGAGUCACAAGUUUCCACUGAAGAAACUUUACCAGGUUGAUGGUUCGCGAAGAUCGGGUCAUAGCAAUGCGUAUUUUUACGGAUUUGGGUCUAACAAACGAAUUGUUUUAUAUGACACAUUGAUCAAACAGAUGGAAGGUGAUGAUGAUCUCGUGUUGUCUUUGCUUUGUCAUGAAUUGGGGCACUGGAAGAAUAAUCACACGAUACUUUUGCUCUCUAUUGGUAUUGUCCAGAUGUUCUGCAUUUCGUUUGGUGCCAGGUACGUCAUAUUCAAUAAUGGGAUCUAUAAGGAAUUUGGUUUUACCGAUGUGAACCCAUUUAUUGGUUUCGAGAUUUUCCUAUCUGUAGUUGUAGAGCCGCUCGUUCAGCUUCUGAGUUAUGGCGUGUCACUUUUGUCGCGUCGUCUCGAGUUUCAGGCCGACCGAUUCGCUGUGGAGUCCGGGUUUGGCCCUUCACUGCGGAAGGCCCUUAUCAUUACACAAAUGGAAAACAAGGCCGACCUCACCCCAGAUUCUCUAUAUGCAGCUCUAAAAUACACCCACCCACCUCUAAACGAGAGAAUUGCCGCCAUUGAUGCCGAAAUCAAAAAGGGAAAAGCCAAACUUUCGGUUGAGCUAAAGGAAUCAAAAAAAACAUCAUGA